AUGGCUUCACGCUCUGAAGUGUGCCACACUUCAGCUUCUGACGCAGACCCGGCUCGCCAUGGAAAGGAUUGGCAGGGGGAUCUUAAGGAUUUCAAGGACGAGGAGGAGGAGAAUGUUCAUGUUGAGUCUGUGGAGAGUUCUACGGCAGUUGCUGCUGAAGAAGCGUGGUUUGCUUCUCAAUCAAAUUAUGCUGUACUGCGCGCAUUUCCUUUGGAUUAUUCUUUGCACUCAGCUCCUUUGGAUUAUUCUCUGCACUCAGUUCCUUUGGAUUAUUCUCGAGUGCAAAGGGAAGGUGGAGGCCCCGAGGCGCUGCCGUUGGCAUCCUCGAAAACCCACGGAGAGUGCGAAGUUGACCAGCGUAAAGAUAACUGUGCAUCUUCAUCCCGGCUCUGUUCAGAUGAGUUGCAGAGCAAUCGAUCUGAGUGUCAGGCUGCCAGGGACUGGGCCCGUGCCAAUGACGAUGCAGUUGCUCUUUGGCGGGAAUUCGAACGGCUCCCGAAAGAUGAGUUUCAUGCUCGGAUCGAGGCGCUCAAGGCAUACAAACUUCGAAUGGGAAUUGAGAGUCCCGAGGAGGCGCCGACUCCUGAGGAGGAUCCCGGCCGUGGGAAAGGCCAGAGGCACCGCAGAAACAGGAGGCAGGCAAGGGCGAGGGCUCAGGCAGUUCUAACUGGCUCUUCUAUGUCAAAGUCGGCCCAUCAAUCUACUUGCGAUCCUCCCCAAACUCCGUCCUCUUUUCACGAUUCAGUUUCUUCCGCUCUACCCGCCCCAAUUGUGCCCUUGUUGCCCGGAGGCGACGAGGAGACGGAGGUGGAUGAGUUGCAUGACUAUCAAUCAGAGUGCGAUGAGGACGCUGAUUUGGAUGCGGCCUCCCACGCAUGGGAUAAUAUGGCCACCCAGCGAGUGAGGGCAAAUUUUUACUUGAAGCAGGCUGCUCUGCAACGUUUCUGUGAGGCUUUGCGCCGUGAUGGGGAGGAGGACGCGGACAUCCAGAGAACCUGUGGGCUGUGUCGGUUGGACAAGAUAAGGAUGCACCGUAUUGCAGGGUGGUGCUUCGGACAUUGGCGGUGCUUGACAUUCUACUCAAGUGGUGCUCAACGGUUGAUGGAACAACGCUUGCAGAGCCACAUUAGGAACCUUUGUGUAACCUUUUGGCCUUAA